AUGGCGAAAAAGCCAGCAGCUUCGUCGGCCUCGACAUCCUCAAGACCCUCCUCUAAACAACCCUCCUCCUCCACAACGACAACCAACACCUCCUCCGCUCAAAGCACAACCAAAUCCACCCCCCCCUCCUCGUCCCUCUCAUCCGCAUCCAACUCUCUAUCCUCCAAAUCCUCCUUCCAAGCCAUCGCCCUGCACAUCUGGAACGACUACCUACAGAACACGCCGCCGCGAACAUUCCUCCUCGAUGCCUUCAUGGCCUUCCUCGUCGUGAUCGGCGGUCUACAAUUCCUCUACGCCAUCCUAUUCGGGAACUACCCAUUCAACGCCUUCCUCUCCGGCUUCUGCGCCGCGGUGGGCCAGUUCGUCCUCACCGCCUCGCUGCGCAUGCAGACGGUGGAAAAGCUGCCCCAGGGGGCGUCGGCCGACGCGAGGAAAGCUGCUGCUGCUGCUGCGAAGAGGAAUGAGGGUUCCGGUGGGGAGGCUGGGGCGGAGGUGGACGGUGGUGCGCCGCGCGUGAGCAGUGAGAGGGCGUUCGCGGAUUACGUGUUUGGCAGUCUGAUCUUGCAUGGGUUUUGUGUGAAUUUCAUCAAUUGA